AUACGACUUGUGUAUCAAUAUAAAAAAUUAUUUCUCUGUAUCGAAUAGUGAAUGUUUGUCGAACACUACAUUAUUUAUGUUAGUUCUUUUGACAUUUACUAUUUCUUUAUGUGGCCGUCAUUCAUGAACAGAAAACGCUGAAAUCAGUAUUGAAAUUCUAAAUCGAUUUCAAAAUAAAACACUUGUCAUACCUGUGGUCUCGUGUUCUCCAGCGUGAACAAAUUGCAACUCUAACUACUUCAUUUAAAAACAUUCAUACACUGAAAAAUAAUCAUCUUCGAUCGUUGGUCAUUGUUAUUAUCCCUGGAUCUUAUAUAUUAUUUGAAUUUUCAAAAAUUUCAAAAUCCUUAAAAAUGUCCUCAUUCUCAUGGUUUGUCAUAUUCAUACCUUAUAUGAAAGAUAUAAAAAAAUAUUGUUACGAGCCACCAGGAAAUAUAUUUAAUUUAUUAUACGACACUCAAAUGUUAGUAAUGUGUGACGAUGAUCCUGUUCUUCGUGAGUGGUAUUCAAUUGAUGAGAACAAAACUGAGAUAUUUGACAUAGUCAAAUGGUAUCCAGAGAAGCAACAAAUAGGGUUUCCAGCGGCAGUUGAUUUGUUGACUAAUUUAAGUCUGUACGAGAGAAGGAACAAUCUCAAAGGAAAAGUUUUGCGAGCUGUCAUUGUUAAGGAUUCGUUACUAUUCUAUGAAAAUAAUAAAAUGGCAGGAUAUUUUAGUUUAGCGAUCACUGAACUUGAGAAUGUUCUUAAUUUCACUCUCAAUAUCGUGGCCGAAAAACGUGAAUUUGGAAGUUAUAAUAUGACGACGAAACGUUGGAGCGGAGCAUUUUCCUUAGUAGCUUCUGGAGAAGUAGACAUUGGAUUAUCUGAUUUUUCAAUGACCAAUAUUAGACUUAAUUUCGUCGAUUAUACGAUUCCUAUUAUAACAACUAAAAGAUGUUUGUUUUUAAAGCAACCAGAGAUGUUCACAGUAAAAUGGUUCGCCUAUUAUAAGGUUUACAAUUUCAUGCUCUGGAUAUCUUUAAUCGUGACGAUGAUAAUUUCUCUACUUGUUUUGGCCUUCAUAAGAUCUAGAAUAGAAUCGAAUAAUAUGAUUCAAGAGAUAUUUCAUGAAUUUAUUCGAGUUUGGGGUAUUUUCUGUCAGCAAGGAAUUUCAGGAGAACUUCCACGGAAUUUAUCGUUGAAAUUAGCAUAUUUCACCGUACUUAUGACUGGUCUAGUGAUAUUCACCGCUUAUUCCGCCUCUAUGAUAUCUUUUGUGACGGCUUGUAUUCGCAAUGUACCGUUUCAUUCGAUAGAAGAGUUUAUCGAUGAUAAUUCGUAUAAUUUAAUCAUGUUGAAAGGUUCCGCCGAUUACGACAUGUUCAUUUAUUCGAAAGAUUCUAUAUCCAAAUAUAUGAUGUCCAAACUCUUACCAAUAGAUAAAUUACCAAUCGAUGUAGAAAGCGGAUUUCAAAUCAUAUGCGACAAUUCCAAGAUAGGUUAUUACAGUGGUUACAGUAAAAAAAUACAGAAAAUAACGCAGAAUUGGCGUAUACCAUGUGAAGUUUAUUGUAUCGAUGUCGGCCCAAUAGAUAGCUUGUCUCUGGUCCUUUCAAAAAAUAAUCAAUUUACUUCAAUUAUAAAUUAUUACUUGCAGAAACUUUUAAACUCUGGAAUAUUGAAUCGAUUCAAGAACGAAGAAACUUUCGCGGAGGAAAGUAAAUUUGAGCCAGUUGCAAUUUAUAGUGUUGCAUCUAUUGUAAUAAUCUUUUGCUGCGGUGCACUAUUAGCACUUGUAAUAUUGUUCAUAGAGAUAUAUUACAAGAAACUUAAUUCUAAGUAUCUCGAAAGGAAUAUCUCGAAGAAUUGAUCAUAAACAAUGGUUUGUGUUUUAAGUUAUUAAAAAUUUGCGCACAAAUAAUUGAAAAAAAUGGUAAUGCUUCUCAAUGCUUCUAAGUGAAAAAUUUUCAAAAGAAAUGACGAAAAUACGAAGAAAAGAAAAUAAAAACUUUUUAUAAAAAUUUUUUUUCACAAUAUAUGUAUGUGUCAUAUAUGUAUCAUAUAUUGAUGAAGAAUGCUGUUUCGUCUCUAAACAAAUAGUUAACUUGAAGACACGAUAAUGAAACAUUAAUAAUAUCAAGAAAUGUCACGUUCAUUCUUCAUACUCUCAAAUUGUGUGGAUAUAAGUUGUACACAACCGAUGUAAAAGUAUGAUAUCUGUAAAUGACAUCUAUAGAAACAUCCAUUAAAUCACGACAUGUUUUAACAGAAACACGUGCACGUGUGUUAAUAAACGUUCUUAUCUAUGUUAA